CAACUGCAGUGCCAGCGUUUGCCUUUGCUACCUCAGAGGUCACGUUUCACAUUCAGCAACAAGGUAAGACCAAGACAAAUAUCAGAUGGGUGUGUCUCAGCAUUUUGAUUAAACAGGUCCCAUCAUUUCAAUGAUGUUUCUGCUUUGUCUUGUGCCGGGCAGGUAAAAUGGCAAAUAGGAGGGACUAAUAUUUGAAGUCUGCAUCCCCUGGUGGGGUGUGUAGUAGAUCAUGGGAGUGUGGUACAUUAAUAAAACACAAACGCAGGAAAAUGAAUUACACUGGGUGGAAAGGAGCAUGCAUGUUAGUCUUUGGAUUUAAUGGGUGUAUUCAAUCCAUGUCUGGAGCUAAGUUUACAGAGUGAGUUCCUCUGAGUGAGUGAGAGGCUGAGUCAUGUGACAAUUCAGCUGGACUUUGGCCAGUGGACAGGUUUGAAUUGUUUAAAGCUCAUGAUAAGGAAGUUCAGAUGUUUCUGGUUGUAAUAAAAGUAUGUAUAUUGCCGGCAUUAAAAACAACAAAGAUUAAAGCUCUGAAAAGAAAUCUAUAUGCUUUGUACAUUAAUGUUAAUGUUACCAAAACACAUUUACUCUGUGACUCAAGAUGUAAAUAAUUAAUUUCUUAUUCAUAAUCAGUUACCACUGAUCUUUCUUUAUUUCUGAGGUGAUGGCCUCCCCCAGUGUUCUGCUGUCAGAGGUGCAGUUUCAGUGUUGUAUCUGUCAGGAUGUUUUCUCUGAGCCCGUCUCCAUCCCCUGCGGUCACAGCUUCUGCUUCGCCUGCAUCACUUCACACUGGGAUGACAGCCUCGCCAUCAGCUGUCCCAAAUGUCAGAUAGGCUUUGAGGGCCGCCCAGAGCUUUGUGAAAACUCCUUUGCCAAGGAAAUGUCAGAGAAGAUCAGAGCGAGAAGGCAGAAUGGCGGGAUGCCAAUGGCACGGAAAUGCAUCAAUUGUGAUGUAUGCGAGAGAAAGCAAACAAAGGCCCUGAAGUCCUGCCUUGUGUGUCUGACCUCAUAUUGUGAGAGUCACCUGGAGCCACACCUGAGAGUUUCCACUUUGAAGACUCACAAGCUAAUUGAACCUGUGGCAACGCUGGAGAACCGGAUGUGUAAAAAACACCAGCGGCUCCUGGAGCUGUUCUGCAGAAGCGACCAAAGGUGCGUCUGCGUGCUGUGCACGGAGACCGACCACCGCAGUCAUGACACCGUCCCAGUGGAGCGAGAGAGUCAGCAGAAAAAGGCUCAGUUGAAAAGGAUCCAGGCUGAUGUUCAGCAAGUGAUCCAAGGCAGACUGCAGAAAGUGGAGGAGAUCAAACACUCUGUGGAGCUCAGCAAAGAAAACUCAAAGCGGGAAAUAGUGGAAAGCAUGGAGGUCUUCUCCACUCUGUUUCACUUCAUGGAGAGAAGUCAGGCUGAGCUGGUGGAUGUGAUCCAGAGGAAGCAGGCAGCAGCAGAGCAGAGGGCAGAGAGGCUCAUUGCAGAGCUGGAGCUGGAAAUCACUGAGCUGGAGAGGAAGAGAAGUGAGAUGGAGCAGCUUUCUCACACUGAGGACCACCUCCAUCUUCUGCAGAGGUUUUCAGCUCUGAGUUCUGCUCCACCUGCCAAAGCCUGCUCUGACAUCUUCGUCCAUUCAGAAACAUGUUUGGGGACUGUCAGGAGAGCGGUGGCCGACAUUGAAGAGCAGCUUCAAUCAGCUUUGAAGAAGCUUUCCAUUCAAGAGCAUGAGAAGGUGCAGCAGUAUGCAGCUGAUGUACAUCUGGACCCCGGGACAGCCAACCCAUGGCUGGUUCUGUCAGAGGAUGGGAGACAGGUCUGGGAUGGAGAUGUUGAACAGAACCUGGUGGACAUACCUGAGCGUUUUGACACGGCACCAUGUGUCCUCGCCACCAGGGGUUUCACCACAGGGAGGCACUACUGGGAGGUAGAAGUGGGAGACAAAACAGCGUGGGACUUGGGCGCAGCUCGAGAGUCAGUCAACAGGAAGGGCGUGGUCACACUGAGUCCAGAGGACGGUUACUGGGCUAUUUGUUUGAGGAAGGGCUGUGAAUACCGGGCAUGUGCAGGACAGGCGGAGCUGCUGUGUGUGCCUCAGAGGCCGCAGGUUGUUGGGGUGUUUUUAGAUUACGAGGACGGGACGUUGUCCUUUUACGAUGCAACGGCCAAGUUACACAUCUAUUCCUUUAAACACUUCCAAUUCACUGACGCCAUGUUUCCCUUUUUUAACCCAGAUAUGAGAGACAGCGGGUGCAACAAAUCGCCUCUUAUCAUCCGCCCUGUCAGUGUGGUCAAUGGAGGCGAGGAUUUAGAUGACAUAACAAUUUGAUGUGAAAUGGAUAUUCAGCGUCUGUUUUGCAAGUCAUGGUGUUUUGUUUUAAACCGCAUAAAACUGCUCUGUGUUGAUAUGAACAUUUUAAUUACACCUCAGUGACCUACACCAUUUGUAAACUGAAAUGAAACAAAUCAACUUUUGUGUUAUUCUAAAUGUGACCGAAGUAUCAAGCAGUAGUGUGGUUUAUUCUGCCAGCAAUGAACCCGAAGGUAUACAUGGUGUUUUAGAUUAAGGCUGUACAUAGUGUACAAUAAAUAGACUUCAUUUGUCACCUAAACACUUGUAUUUUUUGCUUCAUGAUGUUUAAACACUGCCUUCCUAAAUCUUGUGUGCAGAGGUACAAUCAGUAUUUUAUAUUAAAGGAUAGAUUUUGCUCUU